AUGGAACCCCUCACCACACCCCCGGAAGCCUCCUCCUUCGUCCUCCUCGCCGACCACCAGUCGCGCACCCCCGCGUCCUUCCACUCCGGUCCCCCAGUCCUCCACUACCACAGCAAGGCCUGCAAACUCGUCAUCUCCGAGCGCGAUCUGCUCUCUGUUCCGGUGUUGAAUGCUAUUCGUGGCGACGCUACUUCUAACGGAAACGCUGAAAAUGGCAACGCUGAAGGUGAAGGAGAAGAGGUCGUGAUCGACGGUGUUGAUGUCUGGGUUACUUCUGAUAAAUUCCUCCUCUACACCUCCACCACUUCCACCGGGGUCUCAAUCCCCUACCCCUCCAUCUCACUGCACGCCAUCCAACGCCUAAAACUCCCUACCUCGCCGUCCGACGAAGUCCAAGGCCUGUACAUGCAAAUCGCAACCCCCACACCAACCGGUCCCUCCGCAGACGACGAAGAAGAAUGCAUCACCCUCACCAUCGUACCACCCACAGCACCAGAUUCCUUGGGCGGGACGUCGACAAAUGAAACCGCAACGCUCACAGCCGCUGAACGCGCGACGGAGGAUCAGACGACAGGACCCGGUGCAAAUGAUCAGUCAGCGACGCAGAUGCUCUACGGGGCUGUGUCUGCUUGUUCGAAUUUACAUCCCGAUCCUGUUCUUCCUGGUGAUGAGGAGGAUGAAGGUGAAGAAUGGGAUGGGGAGGGUGACGAGGCGGUGCAGCAAAUUGGUCUCCCGCCUGCUAUGCCGGGAAGUUCAGGGUGGAUUACGGCGGAGAAUAUGCAUGAGUAUUUUGAUGAGGAGGGGAAUUGGAUCGCUGGUGGGCAGGAGCCGAUGUUGCCUUUGGGGCCUGGUGCUGGGACGGUGAGGCCGAGGGAUGAGGAGAAUGGGGUUAGCGGGCAGGAGGGGGAGGGGGAGAAUGACGAGGCUAAAUGGCAGAGGACUGAUUAA